CAGCCACCGUUAAGCCCUGCGCUUAGACCGCUCUCCCGCAGUCGUUCCGUAACCUCCGCAACCGAAGCACGCGCUUUCCGCUGCGAUCAAAUCGUUAUUAUAUACUCAAACAGACGCGCACCAAGCCGGCUUUAUUCGAGUUUGUAAACAAAUAAUAUGACUACGUGAUCGCGAUGUCUUUCUGUAGAAUCACCGGCCGCAGUCGGGGCUUGCCCAAGCCCAACUACUUCCCGCUUCUCGCGCCUAUUUCGCCAGCCGACGCGAAGAGAUGCUGCAGGAUCACGGGGAAAUCUUACGGAUUGCCUUCCCACCAUUACAUUCCAGUGCUACUCAUCACCCGCUCGGGCAAAACUAAGUGUAAAAUAACCAACGUGUCCGGCGAACUUGGCCCGCACCAUUAUUCGCCCGAAAUUAAUUACGGAAACAGGAAACACGACAUGCUCGCCGAUUAUAGGUAUAUAUUCCCAGUGUUGGACGGCUCUACCGACGCUCAACGGGGCUUGAUGGAAAUGCUUUUGACGAAACAAGUGACCGAUGACAAACGGUAUGUUUACACGGUCCAAGAGAAGAAAUGCAGUUUGGUUUUCUCCAGUAGAAUGGAGGCUGCAGUUAGGGAUGGCGAUGUCAGAGAUGUUAUGCUCGCUAAAGACUCGGACACUUUACUUAUCAAAACAAAACAGGGCCGUAGUGUUUCAAUGGACUUUAAGGAUUUUACCGAGGAAGUGGAAGUAUACGAAGGUGAGGGACCGAGUGCCGAAGUUUUAAAACAAAGGGAGUUAGAAGAACUCGAAGACCGGAAAAAGAAAAGGAAACGUACCGCUGGUCUUUCGUCUAUGAAAAAAAUAUUUGAAAAUAAGGAAAAAUUGGCAGAAGUACAGGAAAUUGAAGAAGAAAGAAUGAAACAAGAUCGUGUGGCAAAGAAAGCUAAAUUAGAAGAAACUAAGCAUGAAAAGCACGAUAUCAAAAGUUUUUCUUGCAGUAAUUUUGAUCUUCAUCAUAUGCGGUCAAAAUCGAGUAUUACUAUGUGCAGUGGCGACUGGAGGGAUCAAAUGCAUCCACUUCUUGAAACAUGGGAUUGGGAUCUGUUUGAAAAAGAAGCAAAUAAUGAGAUUUUAAUUCCCAAAGUGACUAAAAUUCCGUCGCCUAUAAAUAUAACACCAUAUCACUGUGAUACCGAAAUACUUGAAGUGGAACGUUGUAUUAGUGAUGUAUCAAUUCCUCUUGAUAAUGUGCCUUGUGUGAAUCCUUUGAAACUAAUAAAGUCACGACCAUCAGAAUCAGUGCUAAAUGCCGUUGCCGAGCUUUCUGAAGAACGUUUGAUAGACACAUCGAACAUUAUCGAUAAAUUACUAACCUGUGAUAAAGUUGAUAUGCUUCCUGAAUUAAAUGAUCUAACUGAGGUUGUUAAAAAUAUAAAGAAGGGUAAAAGGGAAAAAGUUGCAAAAAUUUCAGGUUUGACGUUAGAUAUAAAUAAAGCAAAGAAGUUCAUUCCUGGUCAACAUAUAAAUACACCUCAAGGUCUUGUUUUCGUGCCGGGUCAGACAGUGGAAACACCCACGGGUCCAACAUUUGUCCCUGGACUCAGUGUUAAUACGCCCGCAGGACCCGGCUUGAUACCUGGACAUAUUAUUAACAAUGAAAAUACUAAUGAACCAUUUUUCCUAGCUGGACAAGUUUUGCUCACAGAAAAUGGGGAUGAAUUUGUAUGUGGACAGACCAUUAAAAAUAAAGAUGAAACUUAUCGCUUCACAGAAGGACAAACUGUUUUAUCUGAAGAAGGAUUGAAAUUUGUUCCUGGAAAAGUUAUAAAUGAUGGAUCAGAAGACGUGUUUGUUCCAGGUCAAACAAUAAUGACUCCAGAUGGGGUUAAAUUCAUACCUGGACAAACAGUAACAGAAAAUGGAAAUAUUGUUUUCACACCCGGUCAAAAUGCAAAAAUUAAUAAUGAAUGGCAGUUUGUGCCAGGUCAAGUGGUACAUCAAGAUGAUGAAUUACAAUUUGUCCCGGGAGCUACAUUAGCUACGCCAAAUGGAUUGAAAUUUAUACCUGGUCAGACAGUCAAUUCAAAUGGAGAAACAAUCUUUGUUCCUGGUAUUAGUAAAAUUGGGAGCAGUGGUCUAGAAUUUAUACCUGGAACAACAAUAGAUACAAUCGAUGGACCUAAAUUUAUUGAAGGUCAAGUUGUUAAUACUGACUGUGGUGAGAAAUUUGUCCCGGGCAAAACAAUUGUCAAAGCUAAUGGCCAUGUAGAGUUUUCAGUUGCCAAGACGAUAGAAGAUAUAUCUUUCAGUGAGAGUACUCCAGUGGGGCUACCUAUUGAUAUUAAAACAUGUUCUUUAUCAGAGGAAUCUUUAUAUGUAUUUGGCCAUAUGGUACAAUCGAGUAAAGGUAUUGAAUUUUACCCAGGACCUAGAGCACCAACUUUAGAUGGAAAAGUGGUUCCAGGACGUCUUGUUAAAAAUGAAGCAAAUCAAUCGCGUUUCGUUCCAGGAAUGAUGGUGGAGGGAAUUUUUGUUCCUGGACAAAUAGUCUUUACAGAAAAUGGAGAACAGUUUGUACCAGGCCAAGUUGUAGACACAACUGAUGGACCUAAAUUCGUCCCAGGCCAAGUAGUAAAUACAAAAAGUGGACCCAAAUUUGUACCGGGACAAACAAUACAUACAAUUGAUGGACCUAGAUUUGUACCUGGACAAAUUAUUGAAACAAAGGCUGGUCCAACGUUCAUACCUGGACAAGUUAUAUCAACGGAAGAUGAAGGUUCUAGAUUUGUUCCAGGGCAGGUAGUUGACACGGAGGAAGGGCCGAGAUUUGUUCCUGGUAGAGUUAUUGAAACCGAUGAUCAAGGAGUAACUUUUGUGCCCGGUCAAAUAGUUCAGACGCCUGAAGGUCUCAAGUUUGUAGCUCCUGAUCUAAUAGAAGGUGAAGAAGGUCUUGAAUUUUCUGUUCAAAGUUUUAUCGUCACUCCGGAAGAACUAAAGCUAUUAAAAGUCAAAACUAAUCCCAAUGAUACAUCAUCUACUAAAGGGGAAUUAACUAUUGAUAGAAAAAUGUUAAGACAAUUGUCAGAAGCUGGAAUGUCGAUUGGAAGACAAGUACCAACAGACUUACCUGCUAUUAAUGUCAUAUUGAAUCAUACAAAAAAUGCAGAAGCCUUGAAAGCUUUCGUAACUGACUUUGGGUUGAAAGAUGAUGUAGCGAAUCAACUCAUGGAAGUAAUCAAAUCUAUUAUAGAAAUGAGCUCACACUUGAAAUCUGAAAUUCACGUAAACCAUAAAAACAAUGGAAUAAUCACUGAAAACAAAAGAGGCAGAACGAGUAAAAAAAGGUUAGAAGUAUUCAAUUGUGACGAUUUCAAUGAAGACAAACAACAUCAUGCGCACCAGGAAAAAGUGAAAAAUUCAAUAGCAGCUGCUGUUUUGGCCGCGCUAGUUACAGCAGAGCAGUUUGAAGAAAUUAAUAACAACAAUGGAAAGGAAAAAUAUCAGCAUAUUUUAAAAUCUAUUGAUACUAUAUUAGGAAAAACAAUCGACGUGGACUUUAUAGCCGCUAUGUAUAAAAUUCUUCAAACAGAAGAAAACAAAGAAAUACUUUGUGAAGAAAUACUUGAAAAUACCACAAAUUCAAAAGUGGAACUUAUCAAAAUUGCAAUCAAUAGUGCUCUAGACAAAGGUUCUUAUACAGAAGAACAGAUAAUUGAUAAGUUUAGCGACUUUCUUAGCAGUGAAAAUCAAGUACUUGGACCAGCUUUUAAAAAUAUUUCCAAAAAUGACACGAACUUAUUACACCAUGUUUUGAGCCGCAUAUCAGAAUCAAUAUCAUUUAUUAAAACAGAUCACGAGGCAGCAGAAACUUUGCAAAAAGCCAUCGUAUCUGCUGUACAGGAAACUAGUAGCAAGACUUUGGAAACUAUUUUUGAAGACUCUGACAAAGAAACGUUGAAGGAAAUAAUUAUACAAUCAGUAGGACUUGCAAAAGUACUUGGAUUAAGUGAUGUGGCCAGAAGUUUACUCUGUGUAUUGAAUGACGAUCAAAGUUUAACAAAAAUAGAAAAUGACGAAAUGUGUGUCAAUAUCCUUAAAAGGUUAACUGUAAUGAGGAAACUUGCAGAAAAGACUCCAAGUUUACAUUCGGCCCUUCGAAAACUUGAAACAAAUCCAGAACUUGCUCGCACAGAUAAAAAUGUUAGGGAUUUGGUACGAGAGAGUGCUGCACUUAUGAUCGUUCCGGAAGAAGCUCCUUUAAUGACAUCUGCUGACAUUCCUUUGAGCUUACUUCAACCUGAAAAUAGCUUGGCUAUGGAAGAUUUUCUAUUUCAGCGUAAAAAUCUACCCGGUGCUUUAUUGAUAAUGAAGAAGGGCUUACAAGCAGUUGUUCCUCGGGAAGCGAGUCGCGCUGUUCUAACUGGUCAGGUGGCUUAUACAGUACUAGAUGAAAAUGGUAUAAGACAUUUUGAGCCAAUGCACGUUUUCUCAGCCCUAAAUCUUAGUCAACCCUCAGCUCACCGCUUCAGUAUGUAUAGUUGUCCAGUUCUAGAUAAUAAUGACGAAGAUCUUGAAACAUUUAAUGGAUAUUGCAAUAUAAGCAACAGCCAAAUAAUCACGAAAUACACGAAUACCGGUUAUAGAAAAUAUAAUGGUGUACUUCUGGAUAGGGAGAAUACCAGAUCUAGAAUGAAUAGCCUAGACUAUACACCCAGUUAUAAACGAUAUCAUUCCCCAUCUUUGUCGAGUACAAGAUCAAGAUCUACAUGUAGCAGAAGUCCGUCCAAGGUGGACGACAUCGUGGUAGCGACAUCAGACUACACAGCAUCGGCUGAUGAUGAAGUCUCCUUAAAAGCGGGAGACAUUGUUGAGGUUCUCGACACCAAAGCUUCUGCCGGAUCAAAGAACACACACAUCGACACAGAGCUGGACGUGCAGGCCGAACUGCUGGACGCGUCCGCUGCCAAGCACAAGAUCUCUGUGAGGCCGAAGAAGAAGCACGCAAGCAAGCUGGUGAAGCGAUGCAUCACUAGCAACGAAAGAUGGCUGGUGCGAGUGGUGGAGGACGUGCAGGAGGGCGAGCUGUUCACGCGUCAGGGCUACGUGCCCGCGCACGUGCUGAGGGAGAAGCUGCCGGAGAGGGACCAGACGGCGCUGGCUGCCAGGAGACAGGCAGUGGUGCGGGAGCUGAUAGAGACGGAGGAGGAGUUCGGGCGCGACAUGCAGCAGGUGGUGACACAGUACAUGCGGCCCAUGGACAAGGCCGCCACGCCCAAGCCCGUGUUCGACAACCGAGAGCUGCUGUUCUCCAACUUCAAGCAGAUCUGCGAGUUCCAUAACACCGCACUGCUGGAGGGCAUCAGAUACUACGCGGAGGAGCCGCGCAUGCUCGGACGUGCUCUGCUGCGCAUGGAGCGCGAGUUCGACAAGCACGUGGCGUACUGUCGCGAUGAGCCGCGCGCGCAGCAACUGCUCAAGCAGGACUCCAUCGUCUCCAAAUACUUCAAGGUUUUGGCUGAAAAACUCGGUGACGACAAAGGCCUUACUGAACAUUUGAAGCUACCCAUCCAAAGGAUCAACGACUAUCAACUUCUUUUGAAGGAGUUAGUAAAAUACUCAAGACGUUUGGGCGACGACUGCACCGACCUCCAAAAGGCCCUCGAACUAUUCCUCGGCGUCCCCACCCGCGCCACCAACAAUCUCUUCAUCGAUAGCAUCGAAGGCUACCGCGGUAACAUCUACAAGCUCGGCCGAUUGCUGACCCACGACUGGUUCACUGUUGACUUCGGUGAAAAGCCUGAGAACAAAUACCUGUUCCUCUUCAAAGCAAGGAUCUUGAUCUGCAACGUUGAGAGCAUCGGCGAUGGUCGCUCUGUCUUCGUUCUAAAACACAUUGUCAAGCUCCCAGACACAGAACUCAAGGAUCUCCCUGAAACAACUAAAUUUGAGCUACAUAAGAAAGAUCCUCCGCUGGUUAUCUUUCUUAAAGCAACCAAAGACUCAGUUAAGACAGCUUGGCUAAGAGAAAUCCGCCAGUACGCUAGUGAUCUAGUUGCUUUAGCUGAACACGCAGCAGACGAUCUUCAAGUAUUAUCCCCUCCACGUGAAGAAUCUCCAGAACAAUUAGAGGAGAAAAGAAAAAGAGAACCAUCUGAAGACAACCAAAUUGAAGAGAGACAAGAGAAGAAAUCUCGAGUUGAAGAAGUUAAAGAAGUUGCAGAAGUUUUAGUAGCAGAACAAUCUUCUCAGGUUUCUACAACUAAAAGAAAGGCAUCCGUAGAAAGUGAAGUAUCAAGCAAAGUCUCUAAAACAGAAGUAACACAAGUUUCUUCUAUUAGUGAAGUUCAAGAAUCUUAUAGUGCGGCGAAUGAAGUCACAACAGAUUUGGAAUCUAAAUCAUUUGCGACACAAGUCAGCGAAGUAGAAUCAGUCGCUUCCCAGUCACUAGUUAGUCAACAGUCAGUUGUUCAAGCAUCUGAGAUUACAGUUUCCCAGGUUGAAGUUCAACAAGAUUUUGCAUCUUCAACAUCUGUCCUAAUAACAUCCGUUGAACAAUCGAAUAAAACUGAAACAGUUAAAACUGAAGCAGAAAUAAAAUCGAAUGAACAAAAUAGUGAAUCUUCGAUAACUCAAUCAUUACAAGAAGCAAAAGUUGAUGAGACAACUCAAUUGCAGGAAUCUGUUUCAUAUAGUCGACAAACUUCUAAAACAGCUCUUGAACAAUCAGAAAGUGUAGAAAAGUCUGCAACACAAACUAAAGUAUUGGAAAACGAAUCUGAACGUAAUAUACAACAAAUCACUACAGAUAAAACUAAAGUUAAAACCGAUUCUAAAGAAGAGUCUUCUAAAGACACUACUGGUCAAAGUACAACAGAUAGUACUUCUGUCAAGCGUAAAGAAUCAGUGGAAAAGUCGUCCAAUAAUAACAAAGACACAACUUCCGAAAAGUCAGACCCAAAUGUAUUACAAGAGACAAGUAAAGAAAACCACCAAAACAAUACCGAUACUGUAAACAAAAAAUCUGUUUACGAAGAUUCAACUACUAAUAAAACAAAAGAGAUUGUUCAUAGUAUUAAUAAUGAAUCUGUAGAAAAAACAAGUGAAACAACUAGAGCUACCACUCGUAAAAGUAUAAAAUCAAAUAAAGUAGAAGAAGUGAAAGUAAACGGUAAAAGCGAAAGCUCUGAAGUUUUAAUAAAGGACUUGGAAGCUAAUUCUCAACGUGCAGAAGAAUCAUCACAAAAAGUUAUCAGCAGUGCCCAAACUGUAAGCGUUGAAGAAUCAAGUGAGAAGAUUUUGGAAAAUAAUCAAGCUGUAACCACAGAAAAUAAAGCAGAAGAAGAGAUGUCCAGAUAUAGCCGCAGUUCGCGGCUAUCUGGAGAGUACUCCAGUAGUAGCCGUAAACUAUCAUCAGGUGGUCGCUAUGAAUCCUCGUCUACAUACGAUAGCACCGGUAUUUCUUCCGUUGGUCGUCGCGAAAGUGGCUCUCGUAUAGAGAGCUCCCGCUAUGAAUCUGGAGGUACCCUAGAAGGUUCAGCUGCAUCAAGAUACGAAUCUAAAUACUCAACUUCAAGUAAAAUUGAAGGAGGUUCUAAAUACGGGAUUGAAUCGAGCUACGAAAGCAAAGAAGGCUCUAAGUACGCUAUUGAAUCAUCUUUGGAUGGUGAUAGUAAAUUGAACAACAUCGCUUCAAAAUAUGGUCUGGGUACCAACUCUGAGACACAAAUUUCAGGACGAUCUUCUAAAUAUAGCGUUGAAAGCAAUUAUGAUGGUAAUACGGAUAUAACUUCCAAGCGUGGUAGCAUUGCUUCUAAGUAUGGUAUUGGUUCAAACUCGGAAGUUCAAGUAGAAAGCCGCUCUUCUAAGUACAGCACAGAAGCCAACUAUGAUGGCAGUUCAGUAGAAACUACAAGCAAACUAGAGAGUAUUGCUUCCAAAUACGGUCUUGGAUCUAAUGAAACGCAAAUUGAAGGACGUUCCUCUAAAUAUAGCAGUGAAAUAAGCUAUGACGGCAACGCUGCUGAGACUGUUAGCAAAAUUGAUAGCAUCGCGUCUAAAUACGGACGUAAUUCUAUUACUGAUAGCGUUAAAACAGAAAGACGUUCCACUAAAACUGAUAUUGGAACAAACUUUGAUGGUAACAUUAAUGGCGAUACCAAAAUUGAAUUAAAAUAUUCUUCCAAAAAUGAAGAAGUAUCUGAAAACAAACGUUCUAAAAAAUCUGCACUUACCAAUGGAUCCAUUAUAGGAGAGUAUGAAUCAACUAAAACCAUUUCCAAAUCGGAGUCAGAUGGUAAACCAAUUUUCACGAAGACUCUGGAAGGCCAAGAUAUUGAGCCGGGCGAGAACGCAGUCUUCGAAGUCGCCGUUGAAGAAAAUCCCGAUGAGAUUCAAUUGACUUGGCUAAAGGAUAACAAGCCUUUUAACGACCGAUUGAUGGACCGAGUGAACAUGAUAGAGAAGAAUGGAACCUACCGCCUUCAAGUUAUGCAUUGUAGGGAAGACGACUCCGGCACUUACACGGCGAUCGCUGAAAAUGUUAAAGGGAAUGCACAUUGCACUGCACACUUAGACGUCCACGAGUUAACCCCUGAAGAGAGGAAACGUAAGACUGCCCUGAACGCGCCAUACUUCUUGGUCGCUCUGAAGGACACAGAGAUACUUCUGAACACUUACCUACGCUUCAUGGUCAAGGUCAAAGGCGAUCCCAACCCUGAGGUCAAAUUCUACCGCGACGGCAAGGAGAUCACCGCCACCUCUGGCGAGAGAAUCUCCAUCGUCCGCACGCGCGCCGAUCGCGGCUGCUACGAGCUGGUCAUCGCUGACGUGUGCGCCGAGGACGCCGGCCUCUACUCCUGCACCGCCAUGAACAUCUACGGGGAUGUGGCCACUGAAGCCAAGGUCACUGUUGUUGAUGAUAAGAACAUAUUCGGUGAACUGCCGCCGGGCGGUGAAGGCUUGCUGGCGAAGGGCGAAAAAGCUUCCUUCACUUGGAAGAAAGAUGGAGAGGACUUCGAUCCUGAGGAACGGUUCAAGGUGCUCUUGGGCGAUGACGAAGACUCACUGGCGCUGGUGUUCCAGCACGUUAAGCCAGAAGACGCCGGCCUCUACACCUGCGUUGCCAAGACCAGCACUGGAAACAUAUCCUGCUCCGCGGAACUUACUGUCCAGGGAGCUGUGAACUUCUUGCACCGUGAGCCACAAAAGCCGGAACUGGUGAUCGAGCACAAGGAAGCCAUCGUGUCGUGCGGCGGCUCAGCCAUGUUGGAGCUGGUGUGCAAGGGCUACCCCAAGCCCAGCGUCGUAUUCAAGCACGAUGGGAAGGUGAUCGAAGCUGACACCAGACAUAAAUUCUUGUACGAAGAUGACGAGAACAUGUCGUUGGUCAUAAAGAAUGUAACGUCAGGUGACGCGGGCGAAUACCACAUCAUCGCAUCCAACGAUCUGGGCGAAGACACCACCACUGUCAAUUUGGUGGUCAAACAAGCGCCCAAGAUCAAGAAGAAAAUCGAGAACCAGACUUGUAUGGCCGGAUCUACCCAUAUGGUCAAAAUCGAGAUAGAGGGCACUCCAUCCCCUGAAGUCAGCUUCUUCAAAGACGGCGUGGAGAUCAAGUCCUCCGAGCGCAUCACCAUCGUCAAGGAGAGCGAGGAGAUAUACAAAAUCAUCAUCAAGGACGCGAAGUUGACUGACACCGGCUCUUAUUCUAUUGUUGCUAAAAACGAAAUAAACCAGUGUUCGGACUUCUGGCAGUGGCAAGUGACGUCACCGCCGAAAAUCACCAAGAAGAUUGGCAGCGACAAGGUUUGCGACGAGAAGGACAGUGUCACUUUUGAAGUGCAAACUGAAGCCGACCCCGCACCUACUGUGACAUGGUAUAAGAACAAGACGGAGAUAACAGAGUCGUCGGCGGUGAAGAUAAAGUCGUCCGGAUCAGCGCACUCUCUCGUCAUCACGUCAGCAGCACGUGCUGACUCAGGAGAGUAUUCUUGUGAGAUCCGCAACGUGCACGGAUCAUCGAGCGACUCUUGUCUGCUGAAUGUGCGGUGCGCGCCGCAGUUCACCAAACGCCUGCAGGACACCACAGCGGCUGAGGGAGAUGUCAACGUCGAGUUCACAGUGGACGUUGACGCUUUCCCCACACCUGACGUUAAAUGGUACCUUGGCGACGUGGAGAUUACCGAGAAGAAGUCGGUUUACACCCGCGUGGACAACGGCAGCAGUCACAAGCUGGUGCUGAAGGAGGUGACGGCGGAGCUCUCCGGGCAGUACACUUGCAAGGUGUCCAACGACAUGGGGCAGGACUCAUGCCAGGCGACAUUCACUGUGAAUAGAAAACCACGCAUCACUAAGAGUUUGGUUGACAUGUCCGUGGAUGUGGGCACGACUCUGAAGUUGGAAGUCGAAGUGGAAGGAUGCCCGGAGCCCAGGGUCAAGUGGUACAAGGACGGUAAAGAAGUCACUACCGAUGCGAGGAUCAAGAUCGAAAGGGACACAAAGAGGCUAGAGAACUACCACCUCACGGUGACGUUGGUGAAGGAGGAGGAUGGUGGUGAAUAUGAGGUCCGCGCUGAGAAUGAGAUGGGCAGCGUUUCUUCUAGAAGCACUGUCACUGUGCAUACAAAAGAAGUUCAUUCGAGGUUCAGAAAAGAAAGUUUAGUUGAAAGUGAACUGGAAGAGGAAAGUAAAUCUAAAAAGCAGCAACUGGAUGAUGUAAUGAAUGAUGAGGUUAAGAAAACUGCAAAGAAGUUAAAAUCUGAAGAUAUUGAUGAAAAAUCCAUGGCAAACGAGACAGAUAUGAAAUCUAAGCCAGUAUCAUUGGAUGAGCUAGACAAACCCAGUGCAGCCGAACUUGGAAAAUCUAUUCCUGAUCAAGAUGUUGUUGAAGAGAAAUCUUUUUGGGAUGAAAUAGAGGAACCAAAAGUGCAAAACGUGGAUGAUACUGCACAUCAAAAAACUGAUAGAAUUGCAAAGAAAGAAAAGAUUGAAACAGAGUCAGGCAAGCAAAUGUCUAUCGUUGAUGAAACUGUUGAUAAAUCUGUGUCAUUUGAUGACAUAACUAAAGCAGCUCCUGUAAAAACUCAGACAUCUUUCACUGAGCCAGAAAAAAUUACUGAAAAAACAUUCUGGGAUGAUAUAAAUGAGGAUGAAAAACCAAAGUCGAUUAAAAUAAAUAAGGUUGAUAAACCGGCUCAAUUAAAAUCUCAAAAAUCUGUUACUGAACCUGAACCUGUGGAGGAAAAGUCAAUCUGGGAUGAUUUGGGUGAAGAUAAACAGCCAAUGUCCCCCAAAGUAGAUGAAGUAGAUAAACCUACUAAGUUAAAAUCUCAAAAAUCUGUUACUGAACCUGAAUCAGUGGAGGAAAAGUCAGUCUGGGAUGACUUGGGUAAAGAUAAAAAACCAACGUCGCUAAAAGUAGACGAAGUAGAUAAGCCUUCUAAAUUAAAGUCCCAGAAAUCUGUUACUGAGCCAGAAACAGUAGAAGAAAAAUCAUUUUGGGAUGAUAUUAAUGAAAGCGAAAAGCCAAAAUCAACCCACGUAAAUAAAAUUGAUAAACCAGAACAAUUGAAAUCACAACAAUCUAUCACUGCGCCUGAGGUGAUAAAGGAAAAAGAAAAAGAAGCUCCUAAACAACCACAAAUAAAUGAUGUUACAGAUAGCGCAGCUAAGAGAACUCCGAUAAAAGAAAAAGCACAACCUGAAUUUGUAAAACAAAACUCUGUAAUAGAUGAAAUGGGUUCUAAAUCUAAAAUGUCGUUUGAAGAAAAAGAUGAACCAGUUUCAUUCAAAGCUCAGAAAUCUUUUACUGAAACAGAAGACAUAGAACAAAAGUCUUUCUGGGAUGACAUAGCAGAAGAUGAAAUGCCAAAAUUAGUAAAAACAGAUAAAGUCGAAACACCAUCUCCAGGAAAAGCUAAAAAAUCAAACACGGAACCAGAGGUUAGUGAAAAUAAGUCUAUAUGUGAUGAAAACCAUAAUGAACAGAGUAAAAAGCCCCUGAUCGAAGAAACUGCAAAAAAACAAAAGGGUACAAAAGAAGUUUCCGAGCCCGAAGCCGUAAAAGCCGUUGAAAUUGAUGAAUCACUUAAAUCUCCGAAGCGAAAGUCUGUUAAAAAACAGUCGAUUAGCGACGAACCACUGAGUGCGGAAUCUGAAGGCCGAGUUUUCGAAACAGUAACAACAUUCAAGUCAGGGGAUGAUGGUUCAAUAAUUGUAUCAAAAGUAAGCAGCAGUAUCUCGCACGGCGCCAUUAUUACAGGUCCAGCCGAAACGCGCACUAUACACAAAAUGACCUCGAGUGCAAUGUAUUAUGACGAGAAUGACAAAUGUGAUAAAAAAAUUAUUAAACCUAAUAAACCACACACAACUUCAUUGGAAGUGGAAGAAAUAGCGAGUCAUAGCUAUUUCCUGUCAGAAUUAGGUAAUUACACAAUACCAGAUUAUUUGAGAAGAGGAACCUAUGGCAUAAUAGAAGAACCACAAACUGAUUCUGACGCUGAAACUAACUCAAAACAUGGCAGGCAGACUGGCAGUAGAACAAUAUCAAUCAAAUCUGUUUCGGAGGAUGAGAUGAGUUGGCAAAAUGAUUCCCUUUCACGAGAAAUAUCAAUCGAAGAUCUUUCCAAGUCUCUUUUCGAUAUAGACGAUAGAAAGAAGUUUUACAGCAAAGAUUCUUACGUGCGUCAAUCUUCUUUCAAAGAAGAUUAUUACACGGAUGAAGGUGAAGAAGAAUCAGUUAUUUUAAAAGAAAAAAGUCAAAAAAUUUACGAAAAUGAUAUCACAGAACAACUCAUACACAUAUCGAAGGAAUUUGACGAAAACGAAUUCAAUGACGUCAGUAUUAAAAUAGAUAAUAUUAAGAAUCGUAUCAUGGAAGAACUAGUUUUAGGUCCUACUAAGAACUUCGGUAAUAUAACAAAAGAUAUAGCAGAAACUACAUUAGAACGUAAGAAGAAACAAAAUGUGGGUCUAUUUAGUGUUGAUGAGGAAGCGGACGGUGACGUUGAAGAACUUUUGAGAAGAAGCCAAAGACAAAGAAGCAUAUUAGAUGAUAUACUUAAUGAAGAAGAGGAAAAAGCACCUCCUAAACUCAAAGAAAGCAACAUGAAGGAUGGUCACACGUUCGAGUCUCUCCCCUUAGUGUAUACAGUAGAAGCUACUGGAACCCCCAAGCCUACCAUCCGAUGGUCCCACGAUGGCCAGGAAGUGAAGCCUGAUGGGAGAGUCCACAUCACAAAUGAAGGGGACCUGUACAAGCUGGAAAUCGAUGCUGUUGAUAUGAAAGACGCUGGUAAAUGGCAGUGCGAGAUCGUCAAUGAUCUAGGAACGCAGUCUUUACAAGCUGAACUUAAGGUUUCGUCUGAAUCGGAGCUCCGCAAACCCAAAUUCACGGCUCCUCUGGAAGCAACGAGUGUAAUGCAACGCGAGCCUGUUACUUUGAAAGCGGUGUGCACGGCGGAUCCGUUGCCCCACGUCGCCUGGCUGCUCAAUGGGAAGGAACUUACUCCGGAUGCAACCCUCAUCACCAAUGCUGAAACCAAAGAACUUGAACAUGGACUCAAAGAGUGCAUUUUCACCUUGCAUAUGCCUAGUGGUCGCCACACAGACACCGGCGAGUAUACUAUUCAAGCUAAAAAUAAGUAUGGCGUUGGUGAGUGUUCCGCUCGUCUGGACAUCCUACUGCGACCUGAGGUUGAACCACUAAAAGACGUCAAUACGGUGCCUUUUGAAGAGACAACUUUUGUUACGAACAUUAGGGCCAAUCCUGUCGCUGAGGUUAAAUGGAGCAAAGAUGGCUACGUAAUUCAGCCUUCACCAAAACACGAGAUCAUUGAAGAUCGUGAAACAGAGACGUUCAAACUGGUUGUGAAAACUGUAGGCAUUGAAGACACCGGCCUCUACACCGUCAGUGCUAAGAACGAGCACGGAGAAACCACGCAGCAGGCCAGACUUAAUGUUCAUACCGAUAAGCCAUCGUUCAUAAAGCCGCUGCAGAAACAGACAGUCAAAGACUACGAAGAUUGUUCCUUGCGCGUGCGAUGUGAUGGCGUGCCAAAGCCUAACGUAAAAUGGUUCCUCAACUGCAAAGAGGUGACCAAUGAUGACCGCCAUGUCAUCACCACCGAGGUCGGAGGACAGGUUGACAGUGAACUUGAGAUCAAACACUUCAAUGCUAGUGACGCUGGCAGAUACAAAGUGGUGGCAUUCAGCGUAUCAGGUGAGGCGGAGUGCCAAGCCGAUAUAUCGUUGGCGCAAAUUCCUCCUGGCUUCGCGCACAAACUUGAUAGACAGAAGGAAGUCGAUGAGGGAGAACCCCUCGAGUUGCGCGCUAAGGUCGAUGGCAGCCCGAUACCCAAUGCUAAAUGGUUCAAAGACGGCGUAGAGCUGUCGCCCGCGGAUGAGCACGUCAAACAAACAAGUCUGCCCGAUGGCACUGUCAAGUUGAGCAUCGACCACGUGACCCCGGCGGACUGUGGCGCGUACAAGCUCAUCAUCACCAACCCCAACGGAGAACAUACGGCGCUAUGUGCUGUUGCUGUCAACCCGACUCCUCGGAAGCCUUCGUUCAGUGAAGAACUAGAGAACGUGAAGGUGGUGGUGGGUCAGCCGGUCAAACUGCAGGCCAGGGUCAUGGCGUUCCCGGCACCAGAGGUUAAAUGGUUCAAGGACGGCGUGCCCAUCCGACCGAGUCAAGCUGUGAACUUCAUCAACCAACCCGGCGGUAUAGUGGGGCUCAGCAUCGACAGCUGCCGGCCCGAAGACGCGGGCUCCUACUCUCUCACUGUCACCAACAAACUUGGAGAUGUCGCCUCUAAAGCUAAUGUUGAGGUCGGACAAAAGGAACGCAAACCGGCGUUCAUUGCAGAGCUACAACCUACAAAAGUCAUAGAAGGAUUCCCUGUUAAGCUUGAAGUCAAAGUGAUCGGACAUCCACAACCGACUAUCAAAUGGACACAUAACGGAAAAGAAAUCGUACCAGACGGCAAACGCAUUCGUAUCGUGUCUCAACCAGACGGCACCCAUACGUUACUGAUCAAUGAAGCGACUCCCGCCGACGCCGGCACCUACGCAGUCAUCGCAACCAAUGACAAGGGGGAAACCACCAGCAAAGCCGACCUUACUGUAGCCAACCGAGAAGACACCUCAUCACCUCAGGAACGCCCUCAAUUCAUCCACGGCCUGCGCGAAGUGACCGGCGAGGAAGGUCAACCGCUCAGUGUGUCUGCGCCCUUCACUGCCAACCCUGUGCCUCAAGUGACGUGGACCAAAGACGGGAAACCUCUUACUCCUAACGAAAGAAUCCUGCUCACAUGCGAUGGCAAGAGGGUGGGACUAGAGAUCAACCCGCUAGAGCUACCUGACGCAGGCGUGUAUUCCGUGAAGCUGGUCAACCCUCUCGGCGAAGACUCCACGGAAGGAAAACUCAACGUUCGAAAAGUAUUCCAGCCGCCGCGAUUCACGCAGAAGUUCACCGACUUGCAACAGUUGCCGACAUUCGACGCCAAAUUCCCCGCGCGCGUCACCGGUGUACCUUCUCCCGACAUCACGUGGUACAAGAACAAUGUACCUCUCAAAGCCUCAGACAAAUACUCCAUCAAGAGAGACGGAGACGCCUGCUGUCUGUACGUGAGGGAUCUCGUCCAAGAAGAUGCCGGCCAGUACAAGUGCGUUGCCAAGAACAAGGAGGGAGAAGACAGUUGUGAGGCUGCGUUGGAAGUUGUUGACAAAAUCGGUCGUAAGCAGAAGGUGGAACCCCCAACGUUCCUCAAGAAGAUCGGCGACGCAGAAGUGUUCCGCGGCCUCAGCGCCAAGUUCACCGCCUGCGCCACCGGCACGCCCGAGCCUGACGUCGAAUGGUUCCGCAAUGACGAGAAAAUAUUCCCGAGCGAUCGCAUCCGCAUCGAGCAGGAGACCACAGGCCUGCUGCGACUCACCAUCGGCGGAGUGUCGCCGGAGGACGUCGGCACCUACCGCUGCAGGAUAUACAACCCGCACGGAGAGGAGUCCUGCACCGCAAAGCUUGUAUAUGACACGCUGGAGCCACAGAAAGACAAGAAGCCCAUCUCAGAGCAGUACUCUGACUUCGACAAGAUGAAGCGCACCGGCGUGCCCAUGCCGCUCACGGACAAGCCCAUCAUCUCGCGCAUGGCCGAUAGACAUCUCACUCUGUCGUGGAGGCCUUCUAUUCCGCACCAGCCGAGGUUCCCAGUUACCUAUCAGGUGGAGAUGUGCGAAGUACCGGACGGAGACUGGUUCACGGCGCGCACUGGCCUCCGGUCGUGCGUCUGCGACAUCCGCAACCUGGAACCCUUCCGCGACUACAAGUUCCGAGUGCGCGUCGAGAACAAGUAUGGCGUCAGCGACCCCUCGCCCUUCGCCAUCACUCACCGCGCCAAGCUGGAACCCGAUCCGCCCAAAUUCAUCCCCUACUUGGAACCGGGCAUUGACUUCAGACCCGAAACGUCGCCAUACUUCCCUAAGGACUUUGACAUCGAACGUCCUCCUCACGACGGCUACGCCCAGGCUCCCAAGUUCCUCCGCCAAGAGUACGACUCCCAGUACGGCAUCAAAGGUCACAACGUCAAUCUGUUCUGGUUCGUGUACGGUUAUCCCAAGCCGAAGAUGCAGUAUUACUUCAACGACGAGCCCAUCGAUAUUGGUGGCAGAUAUGACUGGAGUUACACCAGGAACGGACAGGCCACGUUGUUCAUUAACAAAAUGCUGGAACGCGACGUUGGUUGGUACGAAGCAGUCGCAACAAAUGAGCACGGUCAAGCUCGUCAACGCGUCAGGUUGGAGCUGGCAGAGUACCCGACGUUCAUCAGGCGCCCAGAAGAAACCGUCGUACUGCAGCGCCGUACCGCCAGGAUAGAGGCGCGCGUCACCGGCGUACCGUAUCCUGACAUCAAGUGGUACAAGGACUGGCAGCCGCUAGCACCUAGCUCCAGAAUAAAGAUGCAGUUUAUAGAACCAGACACAGUGAUCCUGGUAAUCAAUGACGCUAUACUAAAAGACGAGGGUCUGUACUCCGUGUCGGCGCGCAACGUCGCUGGCUCCGUCAGCUCUUCCGCCAUGCUGCAUGUGGAGGAGAGUGAACACGAGUACUCUGCCAGAAUACGUGAGUACCCGCCACGCAUCAAGCCCAGUACUAAGCCGUUUGGUGACUACUACGACUUGGGUGAUGAGCUCGGCAGAGGAGUUCAAGGAGUCGUCUAUCACGCCGCUGAAAGGCAGAGUGGUCGCAACUACGCCGCAAAGAUCAUGCACGGCCACUCCGAGCUGAAGCCGUUCAUGAAGAACGAGUUGGACAUCAUGAACCUGCUGAACGACAGGCAUCUCAUCCGUCUGUACGACGCGUACGAGCACGACCACACCCUGGCGCUGGUCACUGAGCUAGCGGCGGGAGGGGAACUGGUGAGAGACCGUCUGCUGAGGAGUCAGGGAUACACCGAACGCGAGGUCGCGGGCUACAUCCGCCAGCUGCUGCGUGGCAUCAAGCACAUGCACGACAACAGCGUUGCGCAUCUCGGCCUUACUAUCGGCGAACUUCUUCUCUCGCACGUCGGUAGUGAUGACUUGAAAAUCUGCGACUUCGGUUUGUCGCGACGAAUCCAGCUCAACAAACACGCUGCCCUCGACUACGGCAUGCCCGAGUACGUCGCUCCAGAAGUUGCCAACGGUGAAGGAGUCGCCUUCGGAGCUGACAUGUGGAGCGUAGGAAUCAUUACCUACAUCCUCCUCAGCGGAUAUUCUCCAUUCCGUGGUCUAAACGACCGAGAAACGUUGACGAAGAUUCGAGAAGGAAGAUGGGAAUGGCACGAUGAGGAGUGGUGGUCGAGAUUCAGUAAGGAAUCGAGGGAUUUCAUAUCGAAGUUGCUGGUGUUGAAUUGGCACGACAGAAUGGACGUGGACACAGCACUGUCGCAUCCUUGGUUGAGCUACGCGGAUAAGAUUUACAAGGACGAGUAUAUUAUUACUACGGAUCGGCUGAGGAAUUAUUAUAAUUUGUACAGGGAAUGGAUGAGCAAUGCCCAGUGCCGCAAUUGGUUCCGUCGUCGACCGCUCAGCGGCGCGUUUGACCAUCCAUCCAAAAUGGUUUAUCCACCCGGUACCAUAUAUACUCCUGAAGGUACUCCCGAGCGCGAUAGGCCUUCACACGAGCGCCAACCAAACGAAUGGGACCUGAAAUUCAAACAGUGGGAACACCCCGACUGGGAGGUUUCUGCUACCUCAGAAAGCCACUAUCAGAAUGGUCCUGACACAUACCUGCUACAGUUGCGCGACACUCAGUUCCCAGUGCGCCUUCGUGAAUACAUGAAGGUGGCUUGUAUUCGCUCACCGGGCUACAGCCUUAGCAUCCAAGACACCUACGAUCCACGGACACCAAUCAUUCGCGAACGUCGUCGAUUCACUGAUAUCAUGGACGAAGAGAUCGACGACGAAAGACGCGAGAGGAUUAACAACUACGGCGCCGAGAGCUACACUAUCAGACGUCUGAGACACGAACUGGGCACCAGACUCGACAGCUAUGCAGAAGCCCAGGCCUUCAUGGAGUCCAAAAAAGACGGCCAGUUACCGUUCUUCAGAGAGAUCCCCCAAAUUCAACCGAUACAAGAAGGGGAUCAGGCUCAACUCUCUUGCUUCGCCGUCGGUGACCCGAAGCCUUCUGUACAGUGGUUUAAGAACGACAUGGUUAUUGCUGAAGGGCAACGCAUCAAAAUAAUCGAAGACGAAGAAGGAAGAUCUACGCUCAAAUUCGAACCAGCAAUGCAUCACGACAUAGGCUUCUACAAAGUUGUAGCAAGAAACAAAGUCGGGCAAACUGUUGCAAGAACAAGAAUCGUCGAAGCGACAACUCCAGACGCCCCCGACAGCCCUGCCGCAACAGAAGCAUCUGAUACGGAAAUUCUAUUAAGAUGGAAACAGCCAAAAUACGAUGGAAACUCCCCCGUCCUGUGUUACAGCUUACAGUACAGAGAAGGUGAUAACGUCGAAUGGAAAACGGUCGCCGAAAAUAUUGACCACGAAUUCUUCGUCGUCAGAAAUCUUCAACCUGACACAAGCUACCACUUUAGAUUAUCUUCGAGGAACCGUAUCGGAUGGAGUGAAAAGGGUAUACCUACUGAACUAAUCAAGACGAAACAAUCGGGCGCGCCUAAAAUAGAAGUCACAAAAGCGAUGCACCAUUUACAACAAAUAACAGAAUCUGGACAAGAAAUCGUUUUAGAUGAAGACAGACCAAAGUUAGACUACUCGACAGAGGAAAACCCUAUCGAAUGGAAUACCACGCAGAACCUGGCAGAGCGUUACACUUUCAUAUCCGAACUGUGGAGAGGAAAGUUUUCGACCGUAGUCAAAGGACUAGAUAAAGAAACAGAUAGCAUAGUGGUAGCGAAGAUUCUAGAAAUACGUCCAGAAACUGAGGUACAAGUACAGCGAGAAUUCAACUGUAUUAGAAAACUGAGGCAUGAGAGGAUAUCGAAUUUAGUCGCGGCAUACCAACUUCCCGGAGCUCCCGUGGCUACCUUAAUUUUAGAGAAACUCCAAGGUGCAGAUGUUUUGACUUACCUCUCAAGUUGUCACGAUUACACGGAACAAAUGGUAGCGACUAUUAUAACCCAAGUGUUAGACGGUCUUCAGUACCUGCAUUGGAGAGGAUACUGCCAUCUGGACCUGCAGCCUGACAACGUGGUGAUGUCCACCGUACGCUCGAUUCAAGUGAAACUCAUAGACUUCGGAUCAGCGCACAGAGUCACAAAGUUGGGAACUAGCGUACCGCAGGUCGGCGACUUGGAGUACAAAUCACCUGAAAUAAUAAACGAUGAAGCGGCGUACCCGCAGACGGACAUCUGGUCAGUGGGCGUGCUCGCCUACAUCCUGCUGUCCGGAGUGUCGCCGUUCCGAGGAGCCGAUGACUCUGAGACGAAGCAAAACAUCUCCUUCGUCAGAUACCGUUUCGAGCACCUUUAUAAGGAGAUCACUCAGGAAGCGACGCGUUUCCUGAUGUGGGUAUUCAAGAAGGUGCCACUGAAGCGGCCCACGGCCGAGGAGUGCCACGAGCACCGCUGGCUCGCGCAGUCCGACUUCAUCCAGAGGAAGAGGGAGCGAGCCGUCUUCUUAGGCAAUAGACUAAAGGAAUUCGCUGACGAGUACCACGAAAAGAAGGCUCGCGAGGCAUCGCAGACUGACAUCCUCGCCAGCCUCGGGCCCUCGCCGCGAGGCCUGGCGCGCUCCAACAGCAUCACCGACGAACUGCUCACCAACUUCUCCGCCCGCUAACUCCAGCCAACCAACAUGGACCAUACCAGACCAAACAUGUCUUACUAAUGAAUGUCUUUCAUAAGUUACUUUUGAUCGUAGAAAUCCUUAUAACAAGGCAAUAGAAUAGAAUGUGAAACGUUAGGAUGUUAAUGUCGCCGACGAUAGCUGGAUCUGAAGCCAAACUUUAUGUGGAAUGUUUAUUAAAUAAUAAAAAAUGAAGGUGGAAGCCUCAUGUCAUUUCAUCCCUAUUUUUUUAAGUAUACAAAAUUGAAAAUGUAAAAUGUCAUUUGAAAUACAUGAAGUACCUAUGUCUAAUUGAUCUAAGCUUAUUUAUUACAUUGUCAUUAAUUUAGCAACAAGUUAAUUAAAAAUAUUUUUAGGGUGUUAAAUGACUAGCGAUUUAUACCCUCAUUUUUAAUAUGUUUUUUGGUAAAUAUUCCUCACCGAGUUUUGCUUCUAUCUAGUACAGGAAGACAUUCACUGUGAAACGUACUUUUUAAAGGUACACGAUGGUAACGGAUGUAAAGCGCAAUUACAUUAAAUUUAUACUAUCAACUGCAAAGCUUUGUUAUUAGGAUUUCUAUACUUAAGGCAAAAUAUUAUGUAGAUAGGUGUGUACCUACUUAUUGUGCGGGCUUUUUAUCGAUUACGAUGAAUCUUAUAUCGAAUUUCAAUUACUUAUUGUCGUAUUAAUUUUAUUAUCUCAUGGGAUUUUUAUGCGCUACGAGUACUUAGAUGAUGAUAUAUCUGAUUUCCCAAUUUUAUAAAUUCAAAGUUUUCUGGAAGCUCGCAAAUAUCAUGAGUAGGUAAUUGGUACAAAGAUUUAUUAAAAGACAAAAGACGUCUAGCAAAACAAUUAAGUAAUAAUUUAUUAAUUAGGUAAUAAAUAUUUGAAAAACUUUUAAUUUCAAUUUCCAAUGACUACAAAAUGUUACCUCAGUAACACUUACCACACAGUAGGUACGUACCUAUUUACCAUUUGUACCAUGAAAUAAUAGUUUUUUUUUUACAAAAAAUAUGGAUAAUUUAUGAUUCUUUGUACGUCCAUGAUUAAAAAAUUGUGACCAUCCUUGCGCAAGAUUUAGGACCAAUUUAAUAUGGAAUUAAGAAAUUUGAUGACCACACAAAUUAUGCUAACUGUUUAGCAUGUGACCUAUUAAUUGUUUUUUUAUUCCCUUAAAGGAAUAAUAAAGAUCAAUAUUAUUAAGAUAUUUUAAAUACAUGUAUAAAUAGAAGAAAUAUUAAAUGUCGUGUCAUAUUAUUGUAGAACUAACAAGACUUGGAAAUUAGAUUUUAGAUUGCUGAAUUGUUACAUAUUAUCGACUAUGGACAACACUAUUUUAAGACGAUAAUAAUUUAAGAUUUUUUUGAGAUACGAUUCAUAUUUUUUACGUCCAUGUGUAGAAAGAAAACAUAAUAUUAAUCAAUUUAAAGACUAAUUAAUAUUAAUUAUUACGUACCUACUUUUUGGAUUAAUUUAUUUAUUUCUAUCGAUUUUUUACGCCGCCACCACUAAAUUAUUCUAGUCACAUUAAAUUAACUCGACCCAUAUUAUGUUAUAGGAUGUUAUUUAAAAAAAAACUUUCUAUUUAUUUUAUUUAUUUAUACGAUUGAUGCUUCAGUAUUAUUGAAGUUAAAUAAAGCUAUUUGCUAAA